AUGAACAUUCCUUUCUUAGCUCUCGGUUUCACCGUGCCUUGCCCAGACAGUGUCAAUGAAAUGGUUACCUCCGACAACACCAUCUUUAACUGGAGCAGUCAGGAAUAUCACCUUGAGAUUGUGGUCAAAUUCGGAUCUCAUGUCACGUUGGUCGAGGCGAAAAACAUGAUUCUAUUUGAUACUUACAUAUUGAUAGCCUUUGUGGAAGGCCAGACUCUCGAAAAAGUCUGGGAGUCUUAUGAUGAGGACACUAAAGCCCAUGUCACCAACCAGCUCAAGAAACAUCUCCCCGAACUUCGGCAGAUCAGCAACGGUAGCUACAUAGGCUCAGCUAAUUCCGGCUCUGUUACCGACCCGAUCUUGGGGAGUUAUUAUGUCAAAGGAUCAUUCGACUCCGAAGAAGCCUUCAAUAAUGCAAUUAGCGAUGCCUAUCAAUCCAAGGCACCAAAGCGUCAUAUCAAAAAUCUAUUAUCUGGUAUGGUGUGCCAAAACAACCCCCAGAUCGUGUUCACCCACGGUGGCCUAGGCCUCCAGAAUAUCAUGGUCAACGGUAAAUCUGUCAGCGGGAUUCUGGAUUGGGGGUUUAGUGGCUGGUAUCCCGAAGACUGGGAAUUUUCAAAAGCUCUCUAUGUCUGGAAGUGGCAAAAUGAUUGGACGGACUACCUAGUACAGAUUCUUCGGCAGUGUUAUGCUGAAUAUGCGGUUCAUUCUUUCUUGGCUGAAACAUUGUGGUGA